UCUCCAGGGUCCUACCUUCAGGUUUGUCACUCCAUCCUACAGCCACCAUGAAGCUCAAGCUGCCGCUGCUUUUCCUCUUCCUCUGUGCUUUCAUCAUACCUGCACAGUUUUUACCAAACAAGAAACAUGAUGAACAUCACGACAGAGAGGGUAAAAAGGAAAGACCAGGAGAGAAACCAGGACAUAAACCUGGAGAUAGACCAGAACAUAGACCUGGAGAUAAACCUGGAGAUAAACCAGGACAUAGACCUGGAGACCGACCUGGAGAAGGGCCAGGAAUAAAGCCACGUGAAAGAGGCCAAAAACAUGACAGUAGACCUGGAAAACUACGAAGCAGAGUUGAGCAAUUGCUGGCUGACUAUGAUGACCUGGAUGACAGCAGAGACGAUGACGAUGAUAGAAGGGGACAGUGGCUGUUUGAGAUCCAGGAUGUGAAGGGCAGUUGCACCCCAAAUCCAUGCCUCAAUAACGGAGUGUGUGAGGAGAGUAGAGGCAAAUUCAAAUGCAAAUGCCUCAAAAGCUUCUAUGGCAGGAGAUGUGAGAAAGGUAGAGUGAUCUGUAAGAAGGACACGUGUGGGCAUGGUCAAUGUGUUCUAACAUCAAAACCACCUUUCUAUGAGUGCAAAUGCAAAGCACCGUUUAAACCUCCAAACUGCAAAUUAAUUGCUCCAUGCGACCCCAACCCGUGUCUGAAUGGAGGUACUUGCGUUAAGGAUGGGCAAGACUUUGACUGUGACUGCAAAGAAGGCUUUUCUGGAAAAUUCUGUCAUGUUGGCCCAGGAGACUGUUAUACAGGAGACGGGGAGUCAUACAGAGGGGUGGUGUCUGAGACAGAUGACGGAGACGACUGUCUGUACUGGAAUUCCCACUUCCUUCUGGAUAAAGGAAUAAACCCCUUCACCACAUAUGAGGAUCCUGAGGGCCUGGGUCCACACAACUUCUGCAGAAACCCCGAUGGUGAAUCAAGGCCAUGGUGCUUCAUACGAUUAGGAAAGAAGCUAAGAUGGGAUCACUGCAAUGUGAGGAAAUGUUUAGCCAAUGAGACCGAGCCCACUGCUCCUCUAAAACCCAAACCCACUACAGCCAAGCCUGAAGACAAGCCCACCCCACCACUUCCACAGCCAACACCACCCCGCCAACCUCCAGAAACCCUCGACCCAGCAAGUGUGGUCCCAGAAGACCCCACUGCCCCAGAAAUCCCAGCAUCCGGAACUGCUGCCCCAGAUACCUCCGCCUCCCAACUGGCUGAGCAGUUUGCAACCUGUGGGAAGCCUGAACCAAAGAAAUCAAUGACUCGUAUCUAUGGGGGUCUAAAGGCGCUUCCUGGAGCUCAGCCAUGGCAGGCAUCUGUACAGGUCAAACCCAAAGGCACCACCCUGCCCUUCAAACACAUCUGUGGAGGCAUCCUUAUCAAGCCAUGCUGGGUGUUGACUGCAGGACACUGUAUUGACAAAAAAAAUGACUUCCAGGUGGUUCUGGGAGGAUUGGAUUUAGGAAAGGUCGAACCAUCAGACCAGACGCUGCAGGUUGUGGAGACCAUUGUUCAUGAAGAAUACAAAGAAACCCAUGAUCGCGUCCAAAAUGAUAUAGCUUUGCUGAAGCUUAAGGCUAAAGACGGUAAAUGUGCAGAGGAGAGCCAGUUUGUGAAGACGGCCUGUCUGCCCAGCGAGGCGUUUCCUGAUGGUACCGAGUGCACCAUCUCUGGAUGGGGAGCCACUCCAACCUCACAACACGGCUCCAGCCAGCUGCUGGAUGCUGAGGUCCUGCUGAUUUCUCAGGGCGUUUGCUCCAGCAGUAAAGUGUACGGGGCAGCUGUAGAUCAGACCAUGUUCUGUGCAGGUAUCCUGGAGGGAGGUGUUGACUCAUGCCAGGGUGAUUCUGGAGGGCCCUUGACCUGUGCAAGAAACCAGACACACUACGUCUACGGUGUUGUUAGCUGGGGAGAUAGCUGUGGAGAGAAGAACAAGCCCGGAGUUUACACUCGCGUCACUCAUUUCCUGGACUGGAUCAAAGCGAAAACAGCCAGUACAGCAGCUUAAACAGCUUUCCUUCCUUCAAUUCCUUCUGCCCUGAAAAUGAGAAGUCAUCAGCAGACACAUCUACAUGUUCCUGCGUCUGUGAUGGGAAAUCAAUUCCUCAGUGUAACCUCAUAGCAAAUGUAUGGGUUAUUUGAGUAACUGUACUAAUAAUAAAAGAAGUAAAAGUU